UUUUGUUUAGUUGCUAAAUAAAAAUACGUGGCGACGGUUGUGCUUACAAAACUUAAGGUACGGCUCGCUACGUUGGUGGGAGACACGCAUUGGCAGUGAAAAUCUUACAACAUUCCAGCGGACUGGUUGCGCAUGCGCGACUGCAUAACAAAUGAGUGAGCACAAAGCAUUGUGUUAAAUAAUAUUUAUUCACACGCAAAGUAAUACCAAUUAUAAAAUACAUACAUAUGUAAAUAAGGUAAAACCUCAGUGGUCCAGAAGAAAAAGUAAGAGAAUUAAAAAGUGUGCAAAAUAAUUUAAGGUGCAAAGUUGUCUGGUGUGAUCAACUGAUGAACCGCAUUGACUUAACAGCUCAAGGUGGCGCAGUAUACGAGAGAAAGUUGAACAUAUGUACAUACUUAUGUACAUUUGUAAGUGAUAAUUUGUUGCCAACUAAAGAUAGGAGUUAAGGCGCAGGUGCAAAGAUAUUCUGAGCAACAAUUAAAGCAAACGCGACGACAAAAAAAUAAUAAACUCAAAGCACUUAACAAAACAAUCGGUGCGAAUAAAAUGAAAAUUUGCCAUAUACAUACUUAGUUUACCUUUCACAUAUAUGCAUCUGUAGAAAUAUACAUAUGUACAUACAUACGUAUUCAUUCAAAGUAAAAUCGGUGGGAGUGUAAAUAAAAAAAAAAUAAAUAAAUAAAGCAAUACUUUCACAAAUCACAACAUACAGUUCGUUGCUGAGAGGUAAGACCGUAGUUAUUAGCCGUUUCGCCAUGUCCAAUUAUGCCAACGUCGUACAACGUCGCAAAACAGCUACAGCAACGACCAGAACAGCAACAAAAUCUAAAUCAAAACAUGCUUUCGUCGGCGCAGAUUCAGCACCUGCUGGUUCUAGCUCUAGCACAGCAAUAACAACAACAAGAACUACCACAAGUGUUAAUUCUACAACGACCGGGCCAAACAACAUGCCAGCGGCAGCGCCUACUUCGCCAAACGAAAGACUUCAACGCUACUCAAUAAGCGACAUACUUGCCGGAAUGAUCCGAAGAGCAGCAAAAAGGCAACCCUCCGUUAGCAGCAACAGCAGUAGCAAACACACAACUACGAAGUCAACAAACAGUGGCUCUUCUGCCGCCUUGAUGUUGCGCGCUGCCACCACUUCGACGCUUUGUAAUGGCAGCAUAGCUUGUUGCCGCGAUGUUAACUGUCGCCUAAAUACGCUGAACGUGCCUUUCAAUGUACUUGCGCAACAACAGCCACAGAGCCAACAGCAUGAUGAAAAGAUGCAGCGCGCGUCAGACGCUUCAAAUGCAUCGACAUCGUUACGUUGCCGUCGCAGCCGUAGUUCUACUGUUACCCGUUUGAAACCGAGCCCAUCGGAUGUAGCAAAGGAUCAGUCGUCCACGCAAGCAGUCAAUGCGACUGGUGUACGUGACAGUUCGCCCGAUUCCGGUGUUGGCAGCGAUGCUGUAACGACAAAGUUUAACCAAGCCACGGCCGAGCCGACGAUACGAGAUUCAAUUUUGUCCCCGCCAGAACAACAGUUCAUCGUACAUCUGCAAAUUGACUUGUGUACGUGGCUGUUGUUCGCUGUGUCCCUUUGUACGCGCUUCUAUAAGCUAUCAACCCCGCGACAUGUUGUCUUCGAUGAGAUCCAUUACGGCAAGUACAUCUCCUUUUACAUGCGAAAUAUAUUCUUCUUUGACCAGCAUCCGCCACUGGGCAAGCAGCUUAUAGCCGCGGUUGCGCAUGUCACCAGCGGGUACGAUGGUAAUUUCACCUUCCCGCACAUUGGAGCAGAAUACAGCGAAAAUGUGCCAAUAUUUUGGCUACGCUUCGUCCCGGCAUUUUGUGGGGGUGCUCUAGCGCCUAUGGUGUAUAAGCUGCUCCUAACUGCUGGUCUUUCGGGAUGGUCUGCUUUGUUGGGAGGGUUACUUGUUAUUUUGGACAAUGCCUUGCUAACGCAAUCGAGGUUCAUAUUAAUGGAGUCGAUGCUUUUGUUCUUCGCCACCUCGGGUCUCUACUACAUGCUACGCUUUCAAGGUAGUCGUUUCGGAAGUCCGCUUUGGUUACUCUUUGGGUUAGCGGCAGCCUCGUGUUUCUCAUUCGCAGCGUGCAUAAAGUAUGCAGGGUUCCUGACGUAUUUCCUAACCGCAUAUCUUUCUUGCCGAUUCCUGUGGGACAAACUUUACGACGCAACGCUUUCAAAUCUUCAUAUCACACUGCAAGCACUCAGCCGUAUGUUUUUGUUCACCGCUGUGCCACUGGCCAUAUAUUUGGGAAUUUUCUACAUCCAUUUGCAGACGUUGUAUCGUGCGGGUCCCCACGAUAGUGCUAUGACUAGCGCCUUUCAAGCUUCUCUCGAUGGCGGGCUUGCCUCCAUAACAAAAGGCCAGCCAUUGAAAGUGGUACAUGGGUCACAGAUAACCCUGCGUCACACGCAUGGACGCACAUGUUGGCUGCACUCCCAUGCCCAUGUAUAUCCAGUACGUUAUCCGGAUAAGCGUGGUUCGUCACAUCAACAGCAAGUUACUUGUUAUUCUUUCAAAGACGUUAACAAUUGGUGGAUUGUUAAGCGCCCAGAGCGCGAAGAUUUAGUAGUCGGCGACGAAUUGGAUGUUAUACGGCAUGGAGACGUUAUUCAACUGGUGCAUGGCAUCACAAGUCGGGGCCUGAAUUCACAUGAUGUGGCUGCGCCAAUGACGCCACAAUGUCAAGAGGUCUCGUGCUAUAUCGACUAUGAAAUUAAAAUGCCUGGCGAGCUGUUGUGGCGUGUGGAGAUUUUGAAUCGCGACACGGAAGGGCCUAUUUGGCAUGCCAUCAAAUCUGAGGUACAACUAAUCCAUCAAACAACUGGCGCAGCGUUGCGUUACAGUGGACGACAGCUUCCAGAGUGGGGUUUUAAUCAACACGAAGUAGUGGCUGAUCGGGCAGUGAACCACAAAGAUGCCAUAUGGAAUGUGGAGGAGCAUCGCUAUACAAAAACACAAGAUCAACGAGAACGCGAGCGUCAACUACUCAAAGCCGAGAUGAUUCCCACAAAAAAGACGAAGUUGAGCUUUUUAGCGAAAUUCUUUGAAUUGCAAACGAAAAUGAUUUGGAACACGAAACAGUUGGAUGAACAUAUGUAUAGCUCCUCACCGCUCGAGUGGCCAUUGCUGGACAAAGGCAUCGCAUACUGGGUGGAUACCAAGGCAAAUAAUCAGAUACAUUUGCUUGGUAAUGUUGUCAUCUGGUACACUGGAACCGCUGCUCUCCUAUUCUAUGUUAUUUUAAACAUAUUUUAUGUACUACGUCGGCGUCGCCUGCACUUUGAUCUACCACCAAAUGAAUGGCAACGGUUCCGCGAAGUGGGCGACUUAUUCUUAGUUGCUUAUCUUAUACACUACUUGCCCUACUUUACAGUGGAUCGUGCUCUGUUUCUACAUAACUACCUACCGGCCUUUCUUUUUAAACUUCUGCUACUAUGCUAUGUUUUGGAACAUGUUGACUAUCUGCUGCGCCUGCGUUGUUGUUAUGUCGCUAGAGAAAUCACGGACAAUAGUCUUUCAAGUACAAAAUGGAUCUGGAUGUUGCGUUGCUAUCGGCUCGUUAUCAUAUUUUGGUUCAUCUCAGUUGUAUGGGUGUUUAUAAAGUUUCUGCCACUUACAUACGGAAUACAAAAAAUUACCGGAGAAGAAGUGAUCAGCUUGCGAUGGAAGGAUACAUGGGAUUUUAUAUUGCAACGCGAACAUGUCCUGAAAUGACAUCACCAAAAAUUAAGAUGAAUGGCAGGCAUGUGCAGAUACUUAUGNACCUAGUAUGUAUAUAGAUUGAACAAUACAAGAACAUAUGCAUAUCUAUUUAAUUUAUUUUAAAAUAAAUUUUUAAACUGGAAUACAAAAAGAUAAAAGCAUU